UCUAGCUUCUGUUUCAGUUAAGCCAUGUUGUCUACUCUUCCCAUGCUUCCUUAUUCAGAUAACCUUCUUCAUUUUCCGGCUUUCGAUCCCGGCUUCACCCCCGGGGGCUUUACCCCAUGGGAGUCGGAACUUUAUUCAGCCAUUCAAUAUUCCCCUAAACCAGUUAUCUCCAACCCUUGUUCAGAUGAUGCCCAAACCAUGUCCGCAAAACCGGUCAUUUCCAGUUCCGGCUCGGAUGACGACCCGAAGGGGCCGGACCGGUCCGACUCAGAUCAUGCGAAGUCAUGCCCGAGUACCGUCACUAAACGUACGAUGUCGGUUUUGGUGGUGGACGAGCGGAAGCGGAGGCGGAUGGAAUCGAACCGGGAGUCGGCAAGGCGGUCCAGGAUGCGAAAACAAAAGCACUUAGAAAACCUAAGGAACCAGGUCAACAAGCUUAGGACUGAGAACCGGGAACUAAGCAAUCGACUCCGGUAUGUCAUGUACCAUUUUCAGAGGGUACGUACGGAUAACGAAAGGCUCCGAGCAGAACACACGAUGCUCCGACAGAAGUUGUCGGACAUACGUCAAAUUUUGGUUUUCCGGCAGCUCCAGAACAUGUCAUCCGCAUGGCCAUGCAAUACCGUUAUUACCGAACAGAUCCCAGCACUAAUCACUUAAUUAAUGAUAUUUAUAAUCAAUGUGAACGUCAUUAAUUAAUUUUCCCUAAAACGAAAAAACAGGGAACGAUCGCUCUCUUCCUCUUGUCAAUCUUCUCUAGAAUUCUCUAUAUAUUAUUAAAUAUCAGUAAGGGCUAAAGCAAAAGAGUGGGCUAGGGUUUUUGGUGAUAUAUGGCAACAAAAGUGGGUUUGGAAAAUGAUGGUUUUUCUUGUACGUGGGGGUUACUAUAUUCUAUAUUUUGUAUAAAAACAUGGCCAAUUAUGUUUGUU